UCACUCAGAACGAACCCGGCGCUGUCAUGGCUGCCUGACAACUGCACGGUGCAGCCAAAGUGUAAGCGGCCUGACCACAGCAGCGGUGCCGUAAGGUGCAGACUCUUGCCGGAGCUACGAGCCUGGGCAUCUUAAAUUAUAAAUCUAGUAUGGCAGGAGAACAGAAGCCAUCCAGUAGCCUCCUGGAGCAGUUUAUUUUACUAGCCAAGGGCACAAAAGGAUCAGCACUUCCAGCACUUAUAAACCAAGUAUUAGACGCUCCUGGUGUUUAUGUAUUUGGAGAACUUUUAGAUUUACCUACAGUGCAAGAGCUUGCUGAUGGGCCUCAUGCUGGCUAUUUGCAGCUUUUGAACUUGUUUGCAUAUGGAACAUAUCCGGACUAUGUUGCAAAUAAGGCCAACCUUCCUGAACUCUCAGGGGCGCAGAAGAACAAGUUGAAACACCUAACCAUCGUGAGCCUUGCAUCAAGGAUGAAGUGCAUUCCUUACUCUGUGCUGCUGAAAGACUUGGAGAUGAGGAAUCUUCGAGAGCUGGAAGAUCUGAUCAUAGAAGCUGUAUACACAGAUAUCAUUCAGGGCAAAUUGGACCAGCGCAAUCAUGUGUUGGAAGUAGAUUUCUGUAUUGGACGGGACAUUCCCAAGAAGGAUAUUAGCAGCAUUGUGAAAACGCUCCAGGAAUGGUGUGAUGGCUGUGAAGCUGUUUUAAUGGGUAUUGAGCAACAGGUUCUGAGAGCCAAUCAAUACAAGGAGAACCAUAUUCGUACCCAACAGCAGAUAGAGACAGAGGUGACAAAUAUAAAGAAGACUCUGAAAGCAACAGCCUCCUCAUCUGCUCAGGAUACUGAUCAACACCUGGCAGAGCGCGAGGGCCCUCCACUUGCUGAGCAGCGACAGCCUACCAAGAAAAUGUCAAAAGUUAAAGGUCUGGUUUCCAGUCGCCACUAAUGGAGCUGAAAACCGGGAGGAGGCUUUGGGAGGCACACAUCAUCUCCCAUUUUGUUUACAGACUUAACCUUAAAUCACCAUUUUAUCAGGCCUCUUCCUGUCCAAGACCCUCAGAGAUCCAAUCCGCUAGGAGGGAGAGUGAACCAGUUAAUGCUAACAGUGCUGUGACCCAGCUUGGUUUUGCGAAUUCUUGUCCUUGCAGAUCAAGACACCUUGCCUAACAGUUUGUGGACCCUCCUCCCUGUUGGAGUGGUUUGCUGUGAGAGUUAGACCAGUGCACAGCAAACUGCUCUGCCAGUGAGUGCAUUAUAAAAAUGACUGCUUAUUACUCUGGUUGAAAUGCCAAAUGGCUAGUUUUUAGUCAUGUUUGGAUACUUACAAAUUGCUGUAGGGACUGAUAAGAUUGGUCUGAUUAAGGCCAUUUUAUCCCCAUGUAGCCCCUCCCUCCUCCCAAGUUUUUAUUUUCUUCAUAUAUUUCUGUUUUCCCAGAUUCAGAUAUAGUCCUUGUAUCAAUUUAUUGGUGGAGAGAAAACCUUUCCAGGAACCUUAGAGAUAGUACCAUGCAAUUAUUUUACUUGCAAAAUUGAAAUAUUUUGAUGAAAAAGGGAGGAAGUUGGAAAGUAGAGAAGUUAUAAAACUCUGGUCUGGCUUUGGAAGCACUUGCUUUUUGUUCUCAGGUGUCAAAGGCUAUAUAGUGAGUUGGGUAAUCUGUCAGAAUCUGUAUCUCCAGCGGUUGCUUUGAGGGCAGGAAAACAGUUGUAAAAAUACAUUUGUAGCUGUUUGUGGCAUCAAAUGAACUGCCACUACCUUCAGUUAGGUCUUUAGACACUUCCAGAGAGAGAGCAAAUAACUGGACAGGGGUGUAGGAAUAUAUCCUUAAUACCCUUCCUAAAUUGCCCUCUCCAUUGAUUCUUGAGCAUAGUUUGGGGAUAUCACGCACAGUUCUGAACUUUUGAGAAACCACAUCACUGCAGUAGCCUGUAUCUGCUCUUAAGCUCUCGUGAUUUGGUUUAAUGAUGUUAAUCUCUCUGUGCUUCUAUUCUCCAAAUAAUUAUUAAAAAAUGUACAAACCCAA